AUGUCCAUCCAUUUACUCGCAUCUAACAACUCUGUGCGCAACACGACACUCUCGUGCGAUAGCAUGGGGAUCCACUACGAGGUCUCCAAGUCGAGUCAAACUGGAAUCGUCUCUGUUCACCGCUGGGAGAGCACCUCCAAUCAGAAUGUACUUGCUGGCGAGAUUGAAUUCCACUGGUUCUCGGCAGACUUGCUUCGCAUGGGCGACGGCGAAUGGCGGAGGAGAAAGGAUUUGCUGGCCAACGAGGAGAGGAAUCCAAUGUCUAGAACACGGACAUUCACGGGCAACAAUGGAGUAAGGUACAAGUGGAAGUUCCAUUGGGACUCUCUUCAGCUCUGCCACGCAGACAGAGACGCCACGAACCAGGAAGCCUUGGUCGUCUACCACCGUCAUUUUCUGCCAAACAAGCCGUCCUACCUCGAGAUUCGCGAUACGUCCGUUCUCCCAGGCCUGGAUAGUAUCAUAGUAACCUUUCUGUAUAUGGAGAAGAAGCGGAGAGACCGCGACAAGGCUCAGCGACGCCAUGGCGCAGGAGGAGGACCAUAG